GUUUCUCGCUUCGGAUAGUAGAAGGGCUUUGGUUGAAGGUUCCGCCAGCGGAGUUAAAAGCAGGUGCUAUGGAGGAGCUGAACAGUUUGGACCCACGCCGGCAGGAGUUGCUGGAGGCCAGAUUUCUGGGCGGCGUCAGCGGCAACACAGCGGGCAGCACUGGUAGCGCUAGCGGAGGAACCAAAACCCUGACAAACAACGAAUGCUCCAAUCACAGUUUUGGUAGCUUGGGCUCCUCCAGUGAUAAAGAGUCAGAGGGAUCAGAUGGGAAAAGAGGAAGUUCUCCUGCGUAUUCAACUCCUGAAAAGAAGCACUCUGAAUCAUCACGGGGCAGGAAGAGGAAAGCUGACAACCAAUCAGAGAGCAGUCAGGGGAAGUCUGUCAUUCGGGGACCCAAAAUUAGUGAUUAUUUUGAUUUUCAGGGUGGUAAUGGGUCCAGUCCAGUAAGAGGUCUACCGUCAGUCAUCCGUUCACCCCAGAACUCACAUUCCCACUCUGCACCAGGAUCCAGCACCCGGCAGAGCAGCUCGUCUCCCACCAGUCUGUGUUUUGGGGACUCUUUGGUUUCUUCUAGACAGAUGGCGGUCAAGAGUGUUCAGACUGACCUGACGGUGGUGAAACUGGCCGCUAUAGAGAGCAAUAAAAACCUGGACCUGGAGAAGAAGGAGGGCAGGAUAGACGAUCUGCUGCGGGUGAGAAAAGAGAUGAGGAGGAAAAUUAAUAAUUUUUAUUCAUUUUAA